CCAACACACAACUAGAUACGCCAUCACAUAAACUGCAUUAAAUACUUUAAUAAAAAUAAAGAGGAUUUUUAAAACAAACGAAGGAUGAAUAGAUUUGCUGUUCUAUUUGUGGUGGCUUUAGCAGCCACUGGAGCUUUAGCCCAAGCUCCCCAACAAUCUGCAACCGAUUUAGCUUUUGAUAUGUACCAUUCAUGUCUUAAGGAUUUCAGCACCAGCUGUGUUAAGCCCAAAGCUAUGAGAUGGUUCAAUGAAGCUUUGAGACAAGAUGAAAUUGCCAUUACUGAUAAAUUGUCCAUUGUACGUACUGGUAAAAUUGCCGAAGGUACUCAACAACGUUCCAUGGAUGCUCAAGAAAGAAUGUUCGAUGAAAUUGACAAUUUCUUGGCUACACAUGCUUUACGCAUUAAGGCUCCUGAAUAUUUCCAAUCUGCUGAGGCUCGUUCCAUGGUUCCCGAUUUCUUGUUGAACAAUGCUUUGACUAAAGGUGCUGUUGUACCAUUGGCUGAACGUGAACAAGGUCGUGGUUUUAUGCGCAAAGCUGUUUUACCUUUCUUGAUUGGUCUUAAAUUAAAGACAGCUGUUUUGGUGCCACUCGCUCUUGCCUUGAUUGCUUUGAAAACCUGGAAAGCUAUGACUUUGGGUCUCCUCUCUUUGGUUUUGUCUGGUGCUUUGGUAGUUUUCAAAAUUGCCAAACCUAAAAUUGUUAACUAUGAAGUUGUUCACUAUCCCCAUCACGAACAUAUCGAACAUAUUGUACCUCAUCAUGUUGAACACAUUGUACCACACCACAUCGAACACAUUGUUCCCCAUCAUUUCGAACAUCAUGUUGAUCAUCAUCUUGAUCAUCAUUUGGAUCAUCACUUGGAUCAUCAUUUGGAAAUUCCUCAUCAUGUUGAACAUAUUGAACAUUUGGAACAUGCUGCUCCCGCUUGGGAUCCUCAUGGCUGGGCCCGUUCUUCCUCACAAGAGAAUCAUGGCGAUGCUCAAGAUAUGGCUUUUGCUGGUCAAAAUAGACGUUAAACGAUACCUAAAAACGACAACGCUUACAUCCCCAUUACCCUCACUCUGUGUUUGAUACGAAAACUUAUUUAUUAUUUUAGUCUUAAGUUGACCACAAAACAAAACAAAACAGAGCAAAUUUCCAAAGAUUUGUUUAAAAGGAACGAGAACACAAAAUGUCUUUUCAAUCUUUUGCAAUGGCAUUGAAUUGACAACGUGUUGUUUAUUUUAGUUGUACAAAUGCAAUCAUUAUGAUUGAUAUUUAAUUUAUUGUAAAUAUUUAUUUAUUUAUUUUAAUUGUAAUUGAAAAGAAAAAUUACAAAAAAAAA